CUGAACCGGAAUUGAUAGCUUGAAAGCAUUUAGCGUGGGGCCCUUGAAAGUGCGGGGCUCGUAGCAUGUGCUACUUUUGCUCCUGGGACAAUUUGGCACUGGCUAUUUGUCGAGUCAUGCCACAAACCCAACCGUGAUACGCUGGCCUCACGAGGCAUCUAAAUGUGGUUCAGGCCUAUGCAGUGCCAGGAGGUUUGGGUUUAUGAUGCAUUCCUUUUGUGGGCAUCCUGCGAUGACUUGGACGUCACCGUGUCAUCUACUCACGUCUUGACCCGUUCUGCGUGAGGUUGUUUUUGUUUAUUCUUUACAGGAGGCUCACAGCUCCCAGCCGGUGAAUCUGUCAAGUAAACCUCCUCCUUCCUACAACAGUACUCCCCACUUCUUCUCUUCCCAAGUGCAGCAGUCGUCCAUCUCGUUAAACCUGAAUCUUAGCGACUUUGCCAAAAUGUUUGAAAAUAUCAGCUCUCCAGUUUCCACAUCCCCUAACUCGCACCAGAACCGUAGCAUAACCGCAGCACAGCAAAAGCCGCAAUCCAAUGAUGUUGCUGCUAAGCUUACAACAACAUCAUCAUCUUUAACAUCAUCAUCAACAUCAUCGUCGUCAUCACCAUUGCAGCAGAGGCCCAAGCCACAAAAUGGGUGGGUGGCAUCAUCUUCUCAGGGGCAGUUAGGCAAGCCGAGGACGUGGCAGCCGGGCUCAGGGUCGGCCAUUAUGAACGCCACGCAGCCGCCAAGUCUGUUGGACAAACCGCGCACGUUGCUGGGACUGCCAGUGUUCGGCGCGAAUGCGGGCGACGCGUUCCUACCGAUCUUCAAAGGACGCUUCAAGACGAGCCAGCGUCCUGCGGGCAGGUCAGAGCCACCAAAGAGGAUGAACUUCAUGCAGCACCUGUUGUCUGGGAAGGACGGUGGAAGUGGUGGCGGCGGUGCCGGUUGUGGCGGUGGUGAUGGAGGCGGUGAGGGUGGAAAAAAUGGCGGACGAGUGGAAAAAACAAAAUUGUUUGUCCCCACGUUCUCGAAAGUCAAAAAGCAGCCCGUGAGCAGUACCAUCUCGACCAUGCCAGACAAACCAACGAGGCAACAGGGGGGGGUGACUUCCCCAGCCAACGCUGUGGUGACGACGAAACCAAUCUCCGCGAGACGCCCUCUGCCGCUCUCCUUCACCGCCACCACGACCGCCCCUCCCGACGAGACCGUCCCAACUCGCGACGCAGUCGGCCCCGCCGCCUGGCAGACGCUGGGGUUGCUCCCUGUCGGAGGGGCCUCUGGUCGUGGCCCCCCCCCCCAAACUCUCAACACUUACAAAGCCCAAAGUUGCACCGGCCGACUGCUCGACCGCCGCGGUGAAGAGGAAAGCGCAGGCGCAAGUGCAAGAUACGGAAACCAAGCCUAAGAAAUCUCGCCCCAAGCCGACUGUGCAACAAGUCAACGUGGAGGAGAUGGCAAGUAGUGACCAGCUGAGCAAGGUGAACGCCGUGACGCUGCUCUCAUGGCUCAAGGGCCGUGGGAUUGCCGCUCGCUCGGCCGACAGGAAGGAGGAGCUCAUCAGGAAGGUGGUUGCAUCCAUCAACAGCGGCAAGAGCAAGAGCAACAAGGGUAGCAAUGAUAGCAACAGCAUCAGCAAGUUCUUUCCCGAGUUGUGAACAACCUGCCGCGCUUAGGUCUAGCUUGAGGGAGCGACCAGUGUGUCAAUGUUCGUCAGUUGAGCAAAACUCAUCUUUACGCUGUGGAUAUACGUUGCGGUGACUUGCGAGCGUAAGGACGGAUGGGCUACGAUUCAUAUGCACGACGUGUGGCGGCGUCGAGGCUCGUACGCAACCUGGGUUUGAAUUUCUCCCGCGGCUAACAUCAGCCGUGAGCGAUGUCUGAACCGGCCCUUCUCUUGCCACGUUAUGUUCCCAACCUCAGGAGUUGCUCACCUUGCCCUCCUCCUUGUUUGUACACGUGUGUACCACCCAUGGAGUUCAAUGGCUGUUCAGUUACAUUUGAAAUAGUUGACUCUGCCUAGCAAGGUGCUUUCGGGUUGACGUUUCAAUACACCAAAGUUCUGCUCGGGUGUUAAUUGCUGUGGAGCAUUGCGUUACGAAAGUUUGUUGCUUGAGACCUGAGGUGGUUGGGUGGUGGCGCGGAGACUCAGGGGUCAGAGACGCUUAGCCGGCACAGCUGAGAGAUCUCGAGCUCAAAUUUGGGUUUUAACCUCCCAUCCGUGAUUACAGCAGGUUUUUUUGCGGUUAGAAGUGUGCGCAAGUGACCGACUCUUGUGGUGAUGUCACUUCUUUUCAACGUGAAUAACCACUUGGCCACGAUACUGUUAAUCAUUAUCAAGAUGGCAUCAUGGCCAAAACUGCUGAAUCCACCACCGCACCUCAUCGCAUUGCGUUACAAUGUUAUCUACCGUCCGCUCGAUGCUGCAGCUGCUGCGCAGUAGGGACGCGCAGCGACCUCCAAGAUCAGCCCUGACACUCUUCCACCAUCUGCUCUUAAGUACACUCACAAAGACCCACAGACUCACACAGAGACCCAUAGCUCUGACAUAAUAGUCUCCCAACAUCUGUUAUAUACACUCAUACAGAAAUCCACAGACUCACACAGAGACCCACAGACUCGCACAGAAACCCACAGACUCACACA